AUGUCGCUACCCACACUCCCAUUUAACGUCCUUGCGGCGAUCGUCAUAAAAGGACAGCUCCAGCUCCGCGAUAUCGCUUCUAUACGACAUGUUUGCCGGGACUGGAACACCGCCUUUUCGCAACCGACCUUAUGUGCUUCGUUACUCGGCCACUUUUUCCCGUUCGCGCAGGAGACGUACGACGCGACAACAGCGACUACGGGCAAAAAACGAUACGAUGAUUUCAACGCGGUUUGCAGCCGCCUUCAUCGGCUGAAAACGGGCAAAUGGUCACUGAAUUGGGAGGUGGCUUUUCCGGCCCCACCACACAUGGAUAGCUAUGCAGCACCGGAGAUUUUUCCGCCAGAUGGGUUCCGACUGGUAGACACAGAUUCCGAUGAGGGUUAUUUUUUGACGGCGUACGCCGAAGAUAACCUAAUGUCGGUCCGAAUCACUGUACGGAACCUAAUCAAUGGACAAGAUAUCCAUGUCUCUAUUCCCCGCGAGGAAUUGUCCGGGAUAUAUAUGAACCGCGGCAGGGUCCUUUUAGUAUACAGCAGAGGCGAUAAUUCAACAAUGUUUAUCCUAACCGACUGUAGAGACGGCGGAAAUGGAAGAACUUUGUGGUCCGCCAAUGUGAAUACAUCUGUUUUCCAUGGUGUUGUCGAGAGCGAUUCUACGGCGGGACGAAGGAGGCUCCAACCAGUUUUUAACGAACAUUAUAUUGCGUUUUUAAACUCCCUCGACAAUAGUGGAGGGAGUAGGAUUAUGAUUAUGCGAUUUCAUGCCCUAACCUCAAGCAAUGACCUAUCAACAGAGACAGAGCUACUUGAGCUGCAGCUCAGUAUCUCACCAGCUACUCUAAUCUCCCUCAAGCCAGAUACUUCGGGUUUUCAUCUGUUGAUCGCCCAGAAAUUUCCGCAUCGUCAGUUUCCAGACCACGAAAACCUUCACCGGGUGGUACUCGUUCAAGCUACGUCUGGAAAGGUCACACGUGCUUUUAAUUUCAUUGUAGCGCCAUAUUUCAGCCUUGUCCCAGAGAGAGAUAUGGAAAUGUUCUUCUCUCCCAGUGGAGAUUCAGUGAUCAUCUGGGGCUCUAUCCGGUGUGAGGAGUACAGGGGCGGGGGUAUUCUAGGUCAGGUAAUGAUUUAUCCGAUAUUCGGAGGGCCUGCCACAAUUCGAUACUUGAAAACCCCCGACAAAGGCGCAGAUCCAGUUGAGAAGAAUAUCGAGACGAGAUACGCCCCUGACCUUGGUCUAAUCUCUUAUGGACAUACAGUAGUUGGAUUCGAGAGCUUGAAUCUUGAUUUUAGACCUGCAGGAACUGGGGCACAUAUUAACCCUUUCAAUAAUCCGCCAUCUGCAUGGAAUACUAUUCCCACAAAGCAUCCCUUACCUACCCUAGAAAUCGGCAGUCAUUGGAUCUAUUCCGAAUCCACUGCUUCCAACGGCGAUGUCACGAUCGAAAUGAUGCGAAUAGCGCCGCCUCCAUUGCUCAUUCCCGAGAAUCAAUGGACCAGCCCCAACUCAAAGCGCAGCAGCUGGUUUCUCAACAGCAGCACUGCUACCGCUCCUGGUAGCAGUGCAGCAAGUAUCCUAGGAGUUGGACUUCAUCCGGCCGAUGCAGCAGCACAGAUAGCACAAGUCGAUGCUGAAGAACUAGCGGCAAGAUUAAAGAUGAUGGAGCGAGAAAGAGCUCGGGAAACCAAGAGGAAAAGCUGGGAAGAAGUAAAGAAGGGGUGGAAAGCAAAGCUGUUUGGCUGGCGAUAG